AACUGCAGUUCCCAGAAUUCCACAGCACUGAACCAUGGCAGUCAAAGCAGUGUCUGCAGCGUGGAGGAGCCUGAGCACAUUUAGCCUGGAGAAAAGACAUUGGUGGACUAGGAUGUGAACCAUUUGUUGGUAUGUAAGUUUAUGGGGUGAUAUCAUAGCCCUGUUUCAAUUUGAAGGGAUGUCAUACUGAGGAUGGAGCAAGCUUGUUUUCUGCAAAGAAUAGGACCCGGAACAAUGGAUUCAAACUACAGCAAAAGAGGCUCUACCUGAACAUUAGGAAGAACUUCUUGAUGGUGCCCAGCAUGUCUUGGCUGCUUCACUUUAGUACGCUCUGACAAUGAGCAUCAACUCCUCUCUCAUCCACAAGAAUGCCUCAGGGAACCUUACACUUCUGGAGAAUGGAGUAGGCAGAGUUGCAGAGUCCAUAGCAAUUAUUGUCAUUGCCAUUUUCAUCUGUUUAGGAAACCUGGUGAUUGUCCUGACUCUCUACAAGAAGUCCUACCUCCUCACACUUAGCAAUAAGUUUGUGUUCAGCCUGACCCUAUCAAAUUUCCUCCUUUCUGUACUCGUGCUUCCUUUUGUUGUGACCAGUUCCAUCAGACGGGAAUGGAUCUUUGGCGUCGUUUGGUGCAAUUUUUCUGCCCUGCUAUAUAUGCUGAUCAGCUCUGCCAGUAUGCUCACACUCGGGCUCAUUGCUAUCGACCGGUACUAUGCUGUCCUGUACCCAAUGGUUUACCCUAUGAAGAUUACGGGUAAUAGAGCAGUGGUUGCCAUUGUGUACGUGUGGCUCCAUUCUCUCAUUGGAUGCCUUCCUCCCCUCUUUGGUUGGUCUUCCUUAGAGUUUGACCAGUUCAAAUGGAUGUGUGUGGUUGCUUGGCAUAAACAGGCAGGUUACACUGCUUUUUGGCAGAUCUGGUGUGCACUGCUGCCCUUCAUGAUCAUGAUGAUAUGCUAUGGAUUCAUAUUCCGUGUGGCUAGGAUUAAAGCCCGGAAGAUUCACUGUGGGAGUGUGGUCAUUGCAGAGGAAGAUACCCAAAGGAAUGGUAGAAAGAACUCCAGUACUUCAACGUCCUCAUCAGGCAGCCGAAGGAAUGCUUUCCAAGGGGUGGUUUAUUCUGCCAACCAAUGCAAAGCUUUGAUAACAAUCUUGGUUGUGAUUGGUGCUUUUGUCAUCACAUGGGGGCCUUAUAUGGUGGUAAUUACUUCUGAGGCACUUUGGGGGAAAAACAGCAUUUCCCCAGCUUUGGAGACAUUAGCAACUUGGUUGUCCUUUACAAGUGCAAUUUGCCACCCUUUGAUUUAUGGACUGUGGAAUAAAACAGUACGUAAGGAGUUGCUAGGAAUGUGUUUCGGAGACCGAUACUACAGAGAAUCAUUUGUGCAGCGACAAAGGACAUCCAGAUUAUUUAGUAUUUCUAAUAGGAUUACAGAUUUGGGACUAUCUCCACACCUCACAGCUCUUAUGGCAGGUGAAAGGACUUUAGGACAUAGCAGCAGCACAGGAGAUACAGGAUUCAGCUACUCUCAGGAUUCAGGAACAGAUGUCAUGCUACUUGAAGACUAUAGUUCUGAUGGAAUUAAUCACCCACAUUGCGUGUAUCCCCAUCGACGAAGGAGUUCAGUGACGUUUGAAGAUGAAGUGGAACAUAUUAAAGAAGCAGCAAAGAAUUCUGUCCUCCAUGUAAAAGCUGAAGUUCAUAAGUCUCUGGACAGUUAUGCAUCCAGCUUGGCCAAAGCUAUUGAAACUGAUGUGAGGAUCACUUUGUUUGGAGGAGAUGCUUUACCUGGCUCUUUGUUCCCAGUACGAACAGUGGCAAACAGCAAUGCCUGUGCACGGCGUGGUGGCCGGACUCAUGCUGGCCAAAGACUACAGCUACAGAGCAUUGAGGAAGGGAGCACAUAAAAUGGCUUCAACGGGGACCAGACAAAAACCACUAAGGAUGAUGCAGGGCUAUUUCUCUUGUGAAAUAAAACAGCCCCCAGAGUUUUAGUCAAGGACAUUUAAAGAUACCUGAAGAUGUAUCUUAACAGUAUUAGAAUGUGUGUGUGUUUAUAUAAAACAUGUUGUCACCCCCACCCUCCUGGAUAGUGCUAGGAUCACAACGUGCCUGAAUGGCUGCUCGGCAAAGGAACAAAUUCAAAAUAAAAGGGAAAUGGGAAAAAGAAGUCCACUCACAACUUGAACAAUAAACUGCUGUUUGAUUUCCUCUUUUCAAGUGAGUUCCUUUUCCUGUUUUUUCUCCUCUGAGCUCCAGUCAUAGACAUUUUUCAAUUUAAAACAUGCUGAAUGUUUCAGGGUUUUUUCAGCAUGUUCCCGGAGAACAACACAACAUAACACAACUUAAUAGAUGAAAUGAGGCAUGUCAGAUCAAGUGUUCAGCAGUGGCUAAGGGCUAUGGUGUUUCCAUUCUAGCUUUUAGUUGUGACAGUGUCAUCCUUUGCCUCCUCACUUGUGAUAUGGCAUCUAUGAAAUGAAAGUAUUAAUCAUUUUUAUACUUUUCCUUAUGGCUCUUCAUUAAAAAAAACAACAACCCCAGAACAGCAUAAUUUCUACAGGUGUACAUGCCUUUAGCACUAUUCCAUCUUUGUAAAAGGACUUGUAAAAUUGUGGGUAAUGACAUGUUAGACAGAUAACUAAUAGCUCAGCACAUUCUCAUCUUUGUGUUGGGUGCCAUUUUAAAGAUUCAUUUUCAGAAACCCUUGUGCUUGACUAAAAGUUCAGAUGUUUUAUGGUUUCUGCCAUUAAGCACCUGGCUAAAGGUCUAGUGUCCAGAAAGGCUUUUUUAAUCCUCUUUUUCAAUUAAUAGUGGCCAAGGUCCUGCAAUGACAAAGCAUCAUCAUUGGAGUUAGGCCAUCCCCCCAAACCCUACUUUCUCAACUUGGCAGUGCCUUGAUUGAAUGGUUAAGGGCACUGCAGAUGGGGAUGCUAACAAAUGAUGUUUGCAACACUCUCCAUGUUGCGUGGCUUGUCAAGAACAGGCAGCCUCUCAUGGUCCUGCUGCGAUGCUUGUGUCAAUGCUCCAUGUGAUCAGAAAUGCAAAGGCCCUGAUCUGCAACAUUUGGAAACCCCUUGGUUGGGGUACUGACACACAGAAAAGGUAUGUUUUGGGAUGGAAAGCACAUUUGAUGUUUAGUAAUCAUAAAAAUUAAUCCUCAGCAUUUACAAUAUGACAGCCAAUAUUUUAGUGUUACAACACUGGAAUGUUAAAUUUAAAAAAAUAUCAAAACCCUUUUCAAUCUCUACGAUUAAAUAGCAAUCGCAAGAUGUUUUCCCCCCUGUUAUUUUAUUAAAAAACCUUAUAAUGCUAUUUAACUGAAGGGGCAUUUACUGUUAGCUUAAUACUUCAGAGAGUGAAGUUAAUUGGCAAAGAGCUGAGUUCUAAGAUAAGGUUUGAAAAAUAGAUAAUCAGGAUGAUAAAAUGGUGCCUACUACAAAUGUUAUAGUGACUGCAAACCAGAAAGUGUCCAGUAGUUCUAGAAGCAGUAGUUUGUGGGUGCCUAUUUAAAAUUUCUGUCAACAUAUGGUUGCUUGAGGGUUUAUAAUCUUGGCAACAGGAAACAGCAAAAGUGGAUAAGUCAAUUCUUUCUCCUGUUUCACUCCAUUUGGUUUUUCCCUUUCCCAUCCAUUACAUUUGCAGAUCACUUUUGCAAGAAAUCUGAACAAGAACUUGGAAUACAGUGGUACCUCGGGAUACGAAAUACCCAGGUUACGAAAUUUUCGGGAUACGAAAAAAUCCCAUUGGAAAUCAUUGUUCCGGGUUACGAAUGUUUUUUCGGGAUAC